AAUGUUAAUAUUUAUGGUGUAAUAUAGAUAAAUCGCUCAUAUUUAUGUCAUGUUGUAUGAAAUGUAGUUUUUCUGAUUGAAUGAAGUCCAAAUUAAAAGAGAAAAGUAGCAAAAAGACAAAGGUUCUAAAAGUAGGCAAAAAAAACUCCAAAAAAUCUAGUAAAGAUGUAGAAGAUUCCGAUUUGUCAGACUUUGAAGCUGAAUAUCUGGAGGAACUUCCUCCAGACGUAUCAUCGAAGAUCCAAAAAUUGAUCAAAGCCUCAAAUGACGAGGUUCCCAGACAUGAUAAAGACCCUGGUUUGGAGUUUUUGGAAUCGGAUCCUCUUAUUAACUUGAAACUAUCACAGGAUGUUUCAGGGUUUUUACCUGAGAAUAAAAAUGAUGGAAGUACUGUUGACAUUUGGUGGAAACUCAAACAGCUCUCUGAACAACGGACGGAGGAUGACGCCUUGAAAAAGAUAAGACCCGUAUACACAGAUAUUGGUUUGUACUUGUCUAAAUACAAGAGUGGAAGUUUACCAAAGGCUUUCAAGGUACUUCCAAAGAUGAAGAACUGGAUGGAACUACUGGAGUUGACAACUCCUCAGAAUUGGACCCCCAAUGCAGUAUCAGAAGCAACACGCCUAUUUUCAUCGAAUAUGAAUGAAGCUAAUGCCGAGAUAUUCUAUACUUCUGUACUGUUACCUGCAUUUCGUCAAGAUUUGCGGAGUAAACGUACAUUGAAUUAUCACUUGUAUAUGGCACUGAAAAAGGCAAUGUUUAAGCCAAAUGCAUGGUUCAAGGGAAUACUUUUGCCUUUGGUUGAGGAGGGAUGUACUUAUAGAGAGGCUGCUAUAGUUGGCAGUGUUCUAAAGAAAAUUUCAAUUCCAGUGCUUCAUGCUUCUGCCUUUAUCCUCAGAAGUUGCCAAUGCCAAAAGUGGUUUGGAAGCACUAGUUUUAUACUAUGCAUACUCUUCCAAAAGAAGUUUAACCUUCCUGCUAAGGUCAUUGACGGAUCUAUCGCAUAUUUUUACAAGUUUCUAACGUUUGGAGAUUCGCUGCCUGUGAUAUGGCACCAAUCAUUAUAUAUUUUCGUCGAAAACUAUAAGCACACAUUUAAGGACGAACAUAAAGAAUGCAUAUCGGAGAUAUUGCAGAAACAACGACACCCGCAGAUUACUGCUGCAAUAGAGAGUUCUCUUAGACGAACGUUCGAUGAUGUUGAGAUGUAUGAUUAGAGUGGAGUAUACACACUAGAAUAUCCAAGCGGUUUGUAUGAUGAUAAUCAUAUCAUUGGGAAUCUCUCUGAACCUUUGUGUUGAUAGACAAUUCU